AUGAAGAUCUUCUCCUUGGCCCUGCUCACCCUGCUGCUGGGGGCUCUCUGGACUGGAAGCCAGGGCAUCUCCUUCCGCAGCUCCCACAGCACCUGCUGCUACAAGGACACGUUCUUCUGGCAGACAAUCCCGGCCCGGUUCAUCAAGAGCUACCAGGAGACCCCUUCCCACUGCUCCCACAGGGCUGUGAGGGUGGAGCUGUCGGGGGGGAAGAAGGUCUGUGUGGACCCAAAGCUGAGCUGGUUCCAGCAGUACCGGCAGCAGAAGGACUCAGCUCCCACCUCCACGGUGGAGCUGUCGGGGGGGAAGAAGGUCUGUGUGGACCCAAAGCUGAGCUGGUUCCAGCAGUACCGGCAGCAGAAGGACUCAGCUCCCACCUCCACGUGA